AUGCACACCAUUACAGAUCAGGUCUAUACUAGUACACCAGAAUUGUGUCUCCUGAAGAAGCUUCCAGACAAUUUAUCCAAGUCUACAGAAAUUAUCUUGACUCAUCUCUUGGCUUCGUCAACUUCAGGUCUUGCUCGGUAUUGGAAGUCUGAUACCAUUUCAUCUAUGACUGAGGUAUUGCGCAAUGUUUUUGAAGCCAAGAGGUGUGUGUUGGCCUAUAGGACAACUUCUGCUGCUGUGGACUUACUGAAACAUGAAUGAACACUCUGGGAAGAGGGAGUCAGGGGCUGUUAUGGCCUAUAUCUUUUUCAUUAGACCUGCACCAGAUGGUAAAAUAUCAUUAUUUUGAUUGUAUUUUUUAAUAAAUAUUCCAACCUUUUAAGACACAUAUGACAUUUUAAUUUUUCCACUGUUAUAUAUUGCUAUUAAAAUUCUGCUUUAAUAUAUACUUAAAAUAUAUUAUUGGAUGAUAGUUAUUCAUUGUAUACCCCUCAUUUUUUUGGUUAUGAUUAUUUUCUCUUCUGUAUUGUUCUUAUCUUCUACUCUGUUAGUUAAAUUGUUAUCACACACAAGGCUUCUGCAGGCUCUAGCAGGCAGUUAACAGAGCAAGAGGAAAGAACUUGAAACACACUGUGCAAUGAGGAAAGCUAAACAAUGUUGUCUAUUUUUCAGUAAGUGUGUAUGGAGGUUGCAGAACAGAGGAAGGAAUCAUAGGAAGGAAUCAUGGAAUUGUAUAUGUUAAUGUGCAACCUGUUUGUGUUUGGUGGCAAUGAUCUCCAAAAAGGUAUAAAGGAUUGUGGAAUGGUAUGAUUUUGUCACUUGAAUGGUCAUUCCCGUUUACUUGACCCAUACGCCAAAACCUACCAGUUCACCCCUGUGUAAUUAAAUAUGCUAGGCUGUCUAUUAUGCAUGGCAAAAUUGCCAGGGAAGAAUUUAAAGAAGCACUAUAGGGUCAGGAACACAAACAAAAACCAAGAUCUAGCCACCCUGGUCCCCUCAUGUCUCCCUAAAAAUAGUAAAAUCUUACUUGCAUUCAAAUCUGGAGCUGUUGGCUUUGUCCCUGUUUCCUUUAGACCUGCCCACUGUCUGCUGACAUCAGCAGAAGUGGUAGCCUGGUCCAAUCACAAUGCUUCCCCAUAGGAUUGGCUGAGACUGACAGAGAGGGGGCAGAGCCAGCACAAUUCAAACACAGCCCUGGCCAAUCAGUAUCUCAUCAUAGAGAUGAAUUGAAUCAAUGAAUCUCUAUGAGGAAAGUUCAGUGUCUGCAUGCAGAGGGAGGAGAUACUGAAUAUUUGGAUGCAUUUUAGGCAGCCAUGACCCAGGAAGGAUCUCUAACAGCCAUCUGAGGAGUGGCCAGUGAAGUUAUCACUAGGCUGUCAUGUAAACACUACAUUUUCUCUGAAAAGACAGUGUUUACAGCAAAAAGUCUGAAGGUAAUGAUUCUACUCACCAGAACAAAUUCAAUAUGCUGUAGUUGUUCGUGUGACUAUAGUGUCCCUUUAAUGUUUUGAUAGAUACUCUUUUGUUCAUGAGAUAUUUGUCAGCAAUCUAAAAAAAGUAAAUAGAUUGGAUGAUGCAGGGCUGUGGGUUGGAAAAAAAGUCCUUCAUUAUUAUUUUUCCCAGGACAAAACUUGUCAGGCCUACCCUUAUAGAUGUAUUUUCUAAGCUUUUCAAAUGGCUUAAUAUUUUUGAAUAAAUAUUUUAAAUGAUUUAAUAUUUAUAAAAAUGAUUUGAUAUGUUUUGAUUUACUGAAAUAUUAUUUUAUAUAUGAUUUUUUUUUUACAUUUUUAUAUAAAUAAUUUUAACAAUUAGCAGAGGGGCUGUAUUUUCUCUGAUAUAUAUGAAGAUAAAAUAAUUUGCUAUUUCUGUUCCUAAGGUGUAUGCUUUUGUACGUUUUUUUUUUUUUAAUAUGAUAAUACGCCUUUAUGCCCUGCGUUACCUAUUGUAAUCUUAAUUGUAAUUGUUGGAACAUGUUGGUCUUAUAAAAUGUUAUUUCCUCUAAUACUAAUAUUAAUAAAAAUUGAUUUGCAAAAAAAAAAAAAGAAAAACUAAUUGUAAAAUGUAUCCAAAAUAUUAAAUAAUCUGAAAAGCUUUUAAUAUUUUUGCAUACGUUUUUCCAAUGAUUCAAUAUACAGAAGUCACCAUUAAAUCCUAUAAGAAUUUUUGCAGAUAAAUCAUUUGGAAAGGAUUUUAUAGCAGUAUUGAAUCAUUUGGGAAGCCUAUUUAAUCGAGGCCUAUGUCUGUAAAGAAAGUAAAGACUUGAGCAAAUUAAAAGCAUUCCUAGAUCGGGUAUUUAAAUUACUAAACGUUAUACAGAAUAUAUCAGGUCAUAUGACCAUUUUAUGUAACGUAGAUCCUAUUUUUUGUGAAAUAUGUGCCUGCAUGUAUUUUUGAGAGAUUUUUUCUGUGCUGUAUCCUAACCACAGUUUUUACUGAGAACAAACAACUCGCUUGGAAUUAAUGGGAUUAGUAUUCGAUGGAAUAUUGAACAACCCUUAAUUUUUUUUUAAACAUGGUGAUUAAUGAACCGAUCAAGCUUUAAAUGCGUCAACUCAAGAUAUAAAAAAAUAAAUCUGCAAUCCAGAAAAAAAUGCAAUACUUAUGCAAUUCGUAUGCUGAAAUGUAUCAUGUCCUUAAACCAAUGCACAACUGUCAUUGAAUACAAUAAUGUAAGUCAAUUCUAUGCCCUGUGGCUUGACUCUUUAGCAGUUCUAUAUUCCAUUGUCAGAGAUAAUGUCUUACCCUUGUCAUGCCUCUAACCUGUAGAUGCUGUGUUAAACAUAUGACUCUCAUUAAGUACCCAGAAUGAAAGUAGUUGGAGGCUGAUAAAGUCUAAUAUAGCAAUACUAUCGUCAGAGAUUAAUCACACAUGUAAGGAUUUAACAAGAUUUAGACACAGUUAUGUGGUUUUAACACCUUCAAUACAAAGUUGAUUUUAGAAACAUGUGAAGCAAAUAUAACACCAUACAGUUACGAGAUAACAGCAGGUUCCAGUAUAAAAUCAGCAGUUUUUUUAAUAUUAUUAAAAUAUAUAUAUAUAUAUAUAUAUAUAUGCUUACAUUAUUCAUGAUUUUUUGCAGAAAUAAAAUGGCAUGAAUACUGACAAUCUAGCAACAAACGUGAGUUGGCAACGGAUGUAAGGGGGCAAUGUGGCUGUAAAAUGUGUACUAUGUGGGUAGUGUAGCAUUUCUGUAUAAUGUGUUAAUAUGGUAAAAUAUGGCAUUGAGCAUUAGGCAAAACCAGAAUGUUGUACGGCAUUGGUCUAUGCAUUACACCUCACAAUGACCCCUGAGGAUUCAUAAUAUCCUUCUUACUCAGCAGUGGCGGAACUAACAUAGAGGGAGGCCAUGGUGCAAAAAAAUUUUGUGCCCCCCUAUCACAAGGAUGGCCCAAAGCUGGUAGAUCUCCAUCUGUCAUACAACUCCUACAAUGCUUUGACAGCUGGGGAUCUACUAUUUUCCCAUGCUUGCAGGGUUAUAUUUAGCACUGAGCAGUGUUUGUGUGUUUAAAUGUAAGUAUGUUUUUGUACAAAAUAUGUUUGUGUGAAUGUAGUGUUGGUGUUUGAAUGCAAGAAUGCAUUUGUGUCUAGUGCGGUUUUUGAAUGCAUUGGUGUGUAAUUGUAUGUAAUUGUAUGUAAUUGUAUUUAUAUAUACUUUUUUUAAUACAGAGAUGUGUUUGUAUGUAGUGCUGACGUUUGAAUGCAGGGGUGUUUGUAUGUAGCGUUGACAUUUGAAUCCAAGGGUGUGUUUGUGGGUAGUGUUGGUGUUUGAAUGCUGAAACAAAUGCAUAUACACAUAUACACUGCCACACACAGAUACACAGACAAAUACGCACAUUGAAACACAUGCAGAUAUACAUAUAUAGAUGUAUAUAGAUAUGUUUAUAAAUAUAUAUGUAUAUAUAUAAAGCAAAAAGGAAAGAGAUGCACUCUCAGGUCUUUGUAGAAAAAAACUUGAUAUUAUUUAAUAACAGGUAACAUACAUCUGAUCGACGUUUCGACCUCUUCAGGUCUUCCUCAAGAUAUGUAUAUAUAUAUAUAUAUAUAUAUAUAUAUAUAUAUACAGUGGAACCUUGGUUAACGAAAAAUUCGGUUUACGAAUGAGAAUUCGUAAAAAAAUUAAAAAUACGUCGGUUUACGAAUUUUUUUUGCAAUGCGAAACAAGUGUCCCAAUUUAUAGCUCCACCCCCUGCAUACUGGAGUCUGGGUAGCACAUGAGUGUGGAGUGUGGAGGUGUUGGAGAAGUUUUGGAGCUAUUUGCAGCAAGUUGUGGAGCCAUUUGCAGCAAGUUUUGUAGCCUUUUUGGUGCAUCUCAAGAGGUGGAAAGGUAGGGAGCUGAGCUUAGUUGUUUGCAUGCCUUUUACUGUGUGUUCUGCAUUGUGGGGUGAUUUCCAUACCAGCUCAUGUGCUGUGCAUGCCUGUUACUGUGUGUUUUGCAUUGUGGGGUUGCUUUCCAUGCCAGCUCAUGUGCUGUGCAUGCCUGUCACAGCUCAUAUGCUGUGCAUGCCUGUUACAGUACUGUACUGUGUGUUUUGCAAUGUGGGGUUGUUUUCCAUGCCAGCUCAUGUGCUGUGCAUGCCUGUUACAGCUCAUGUGCUGUGCAUGGCUUUUACUGUGGUUUCCAUGCCAGCUCAUGUGCUGUGCAUGCCUGUUACAGCUCAUCCGCUGUGCAUGCCUUUUACUGUGGUUUCCAUGCCAGCUCAUGUGCUGUGCAUGCCUUUUACUGCCAUGUGGGUGUAAAGCAUUUUUUUUUUUGCAUACUUAGUGACGGUGAUGUCAUGGCACCCAAGAAAGCAGCGAAAGCUGGGAAGAGGAAGAAGGAGAUGAUUCUGCUUGAGGACAAGAAAGAAAUCAUCAGGAAGCAUGAAGGAGGAAUGUGA